AUGGAUUCCCCAAAAGAUGUUCAGAUGAGUGAUGGAAACUCCCGGGUCCAUGAGCCAUUCACUGUGGAGGAGAACAUCCACCAGCUGAAUGCCAUUGAUAAAUCUAUCGUGGAUCUAAUGAACCACACUGCCACCGCGCUCAACGCCCUCACUGUCCCUAUCAACUCCCCAGACUCGCAGGGGACACUUCCGCAGCAGGAUCCGUCGGCGAAGAAGGCAGCCUUCCGUGGUGCAACCGACUCCUUCUUGGACACGCUGCAUGCUGUUGAUGUCAAGAUGAAGCGCCAAAUCAUGGCUCUCGAAGAGGCUGGUAUUGUGAACUUAUCCGCUGGAGCAAAGCAUGAACCCGGCAGCAGUGGUCCCAAAAGUGCAUCCCUCAAACCUAACGGGAUGGGUGCCGUUGGAAACCUUGAUGUUGGCUGGUUGAACAGCCAUGGCUCCAGAGUCGAAAGGGACAUGGAAGCCGAGCUUUGGGCGGACGCCAGAAAAUUCUUGGAAAAGGAGGGAAGCAAUAUCAAGUUGGAGUAG